CGUUUGCUUCCGCCUCUCAUCUCCUUCCGCCAAAACACUCACACCCCCGUCAUGGCGGACAGAACAGCAGACAAAGAGUUGGUCGCUAGAAAAGGGCCUCAUGUUACAUCGAUUAUAUGGAAGUGGUUCGGCUUUGACAAGACUGACACAGAGCAAACUACAGUCAUGUGCAAGGUUGCCGUCUACAUGGCAAAGAGAGAUUUUGUGGAUCACUGUGACUUUGUGGAUCCAGUUGACGGUGUCGUCCUGAUCGAUCCAGUGCAGCUGAAGGGGAGGAAAGUCUACGUGAUGCUGUCGUGUACGUUCCGCUACGGCCGCCAGGACAUGGAUGUGAUGGGCGUGGCCUUCAGGAGGGAUCUGUUUGUGGUCACCCGGCAGGUUUAUCCUGAGCUGCAGGACAAAGAGAAGCUGAUCCACAACAAGAUCCAGCAGAAGCUGCUGAGAAAACUGGGAGACAACGCCUUUCCCUUCUUCUUUGAGUUUCCAGACAACCUGCCGUGUUCUGUGGCUCUGCAGCCUGGACCGUCUGACGUAGGAAAGAAAUGUGCCGUGGAGUUCGAGGUGAAGGCGUUCUGUGGAGAGAUCCAGGACGACAAGAUCGACAAACAGAGUUCUGUUCGUCUCACCAUCAGGAAGAUCCAGUUCAGUCCAGAGAACAGUAAAGUUGUUCCAACAGCAGAAACCACCUUUGAGUUCCUGAUGUCUGAGAAACCUCUGCAUGUCAAACUGAGCCUCCCUAAAGAGACCUUCUAUCAUGGUGAGCCGCUCAAAGCCAACGUUGAAAUCACCAACUCAUCCAGCAGGAACAUCAAAGACAUCAGUGUGUCAGUGGAGCAGGUGACCAAUGUCGUUCUUUACUCCAACGACAAAUACGUCAAAUCUGUGGCCAAAGAAGAGACCAGCGACUCUGUGCCGUCCGGUACCAGCCUGAAGAAGGAGUACACCCUGUAUCCUCUGCUGGCUCAUAACAAAGACCGAAGGGGACUCGCUCUGGACGGACGACUCAAACAUGAAGACACCAACCUGGCUUCAUCCAGCAUUGUGAAACAGGAAGUGCUGAAGGAGGUUCAGGGGAUGUUGGUCUUCUAUAAGGUGGUGGUGAGGAUGAUCGCCUCAGGGAUGGUGGGAUCAAGUGAAGUGUCUCUGGAGGUUCCUUUCAGGCUGAUGAAUCCCAAACCUGAACCAGCACCUCCAGUCAAGGAGAGUGAACCAGAAGACAUGGUGUUUGAGGACUUUAAACGGGCCUAUCUGAAGGGAAUCGUCUACGGAGACGACGACGAGUCGCCCACCGAGGCCUGAACUGCAAAGAUGGCCGACAGGGCGGUCACCGUCCAGUGUGGUUCUCCAUCCUGCUCACCGUGGUUAUUUUUAGUGACUGUUUCCUGUAGCGCCACCCUGAGGACAAAAUAAACCCUCCGAAUGAGUGUGGCUGUGAAGGACUCUGCAGCCUGCAGGGGGCGCUAGCAGGAAGCAACAUCAUUAACAGGUGUAACAAAACAACUCUGUCUCCUAGAAAGUUUAAUUUUGAUUUGUGUAAAGUUUUCAGAGUUUGACGUGACUCUGACAGAAGGUGGUGAAGCUCUGCGCGACAAUAAAAUACUCUACGUCUUUUAGUUCUGAACAUGAAUUCAAACCCUCACGUGUGAAAAAGAUGGUUUUGAAGCUAACAACUUAUGACCCAGAUUUAGUUUUUAUUAUGAUGACCCGCCCUAGUGGUAAAACAGGAAGUCUAUUUAUGGAGCCACAGAGUCUGAGUUGGGAGGAGGUUGGGGUUGAUGGACGGGACAACUUGAAAGUCGACUGCGAUUGAUUUGCAGAAAUACAAACCAGCCCAGUUGUUUUUCUUCUGUAGACGUAUAACAUGAGGUGUGUCAGGUCAUUCUGUACUGUACAAUGGUCUGACUAUGUGAGACUAGAUUAAUAUUUAUGGUUUCUGUUGAAGAAAAUUUGUUAAGUGAGUGCGAUGACUGAACAUAAAUAUCAGCCGAAGAUGGUUUUUGGUUCUGAAGACACUGUCGUCUCCUUAAACCCAGAAAACAUCUUGACUUGAACGCAGCAUGUUUGUUUCCAUCGACCAAAACUUGUGUUGAGCCUGGACUGUUUCCACCCUCCAUCCACCCCGAGCUCCUCCUGCAGCUUAAUAAUGCAGAGUUUUGUCACAAUAUCAGGUUUUUGAUUAUAUUAUUGCCGCAUUUUAAAAAACUGAACUCAGUAAUAAAGACAUCAUUCAGAUUUGUCUUUAACCUCGUUUAUUGUGUGUUUUGUCUCUUUUUUGGCAAAUGACAAAUGACAUUUACGACAUUAUCAUGAGUGUGUUGUUAACUUUAAGGUGUUUCUGGGAGGCAGAGUUCAACAGUUUUUCUUGAUCAUCAUCCCUUUAAUGAACACGUUGGUUUUAGAUGAAGAAAACAGUGAAUGUUUGGUUUGCAGGCCAAACUGUGUUACUCAGGCUUAUGUAGACAUCUGUAGUUUUAUUCCAGUGUAAAAACAGUUUGCUAAUCUGUCUGUAGUAGAGUGUUUACAGCUGAAACAUGUUUGUAAGUUUAAUUAAAACCUGAUAGUUGAGUUUAUUACUGGUAGAAACCUCUUUAUGUUUCUGUCUCGUUGCAUGAUGAUGCAGUCAGAAAUGUUUUUCUUACAGUUCAGCAACAACGAAUAAAAGGUUCUCUGAGGAUUUUAA